GCGGCGGAUUGGGGUCGCCGUCGUGAGCUCGCGAAUCCACCACCCCCCGCGUCCGGCCGGUCACCAGUUCGGCGGGAUGCCUCGGAAUCGGACAUUCGGAGGGACGGUUGCGCCCGGUUGCCGUGGAGCAGACCGCCUAGGCGCCCUCCCGGACGCGAUCCUCCAAUACGUGCUGUCGUUCCUGCCGUCGCGCGACGCCGUGCGCACCUGUCUGCUCGCCCGCCGCUGGCGCCACCAGUGGAAGUCCGUGCCGGCCCUGCGAAUCACCGGCGUCGACUCCUUCAGGGGCGCCGGCCACCUCAACGACUUCGUCAACUAUCUCAUCGUCCUCCGCGACAGGACGCCUCUCCACGCGUGCGAGAUCGAGACCUACCAGCACCACCAGGACGACGGCGAGGGGUCCCAACACGGCAAUCCCGAGGAGCGGUCCCGGUACACCGAUCUGUGGAUCCGGUACGCCUUGUCGUGCAACGCUCAGCUGCUUCGGCUCAGUGACCAUGACCCCGAUAACCUCGAUCCCGAACAGGAGCAUGUGGAGAAUGUUGCGCUUGAGACUCCCAUCUCCUCGCCGCAUCUGAUGACGUUGGAUCUUGAUGGUGUGAUCUUCUCGAGCAAAUACUCUUUAGAUUUCUCCAGCUGCCCGAACCUCAAGACAGUAAAGAUGCACCGCUGCUCCUUCUUAAUCGUAAGUUUACGCCGUGACGGUCCCAUCAAGAUAUCUUUACAAUCUGUGAGAUAUCUAAGCAUCGCGGACUAUGAUUUUUGUCGUUAUGACAAGGAGGCAGCUCUCAUUACUGUCCCAAACCUCGUCUACUUAGAGCUGGCUAGCGGCCGUGGCAAGGUUCCUACGUUUGAGUGUACCCCGUCGUUGCUAGGAGCAUCUAUCAAGCUUGACGACAAGGAUGGUUCCUUGCUCCUUGGACGCUUGUCAGAUACCACUAAUCUAGAGCUCAUGGCCAAGCAUCAAGCGUCUGCUGCUUUUAGGAAAGAUUUAAAACGUUGCACUUCGUUUAGCAAGCUCAAAACGUUGUCACUCAAUGAUUGGUGUGUGGAGCCUGACUUCGGACCACUACUUUACUUUCUCAAGCGGUCACCAAGUCUCGAGAAGCUCCGCCUCCGGCUAUCUAAGCCAUAUAAAUAUGCCGGAGAAACAGACGGAAACUAUGAUUUCACAGAACCAUUUUUAGCAUCAAGACAUAUCAGGGUUGUCAAGAUCAAUUGUUUCGCAAAAGAUGAGCGAGCUCACAAAAUUUCGAAGGUCCUCUGUUCGUAUGGAGUAUCUGCUGAGAAAAUCAACAUCAAGGAAAGAAUACGGUCUUCCCAUGGGUCAUAUUCAGAUUCGGAGUGGUCAAUGUAUUCACAUUCAGAUUCAGAGCAGGAGCAAUCAUAUUAACAUUUGGGACGUCAACAUGAGUUUACUUUCUUGCUUUGCAGGAGGACCUUUAGCGAAAUUUCUAGUAGUCCAGUCGAGGCCUUUUUAGUUCAAUCACAUGUUUAACAUGCGGCCAUCUUAUUUACUUUGUACUUUUGGACUUUUGAUUCAUGCCAUAUGCCCGUUUAAUUUUCAGGAAGAUGUUCUACUCUUCUGCAUUA